CAAGUCUUUAAGCGACUCCAGCAACCACAUGAGCCGGGGGCAGAGCAUGUAUGUCAACAGAAAGAAGCGCUCCGUUAAGUGGGUGCACGAGGGACGAGGUCGGAACACAUCCAACACCUGCUCCACGCCGACGCCAGUGGCGAACCACGACACAGCCUACCGCCCGCCAUCCAGUGGACGCAACCAGAAGACCUACCCCAAAUCGGCUCUAAAACACUCCUACAUCCCCAAAAUGGAGCCCUUCCCCGUCUCACCCCCCACCAUAACGCUACAGAACGUCGAAAUCCCCGUGCCUAUGGCGCCAACAAAACUCAACGAUGUCUAUGCUUCUCCAAAAAGUCCCCGGCUACCCCUUGUCUGUGGGCCCAACUUCAACGUAGCACCGCGCGGUUGGGGCGAAAUGAAGGAGUACUACAGACCAGUGACACUAGAUGGUGUUGGCAACUCGCCGCUCCCGUACACAGAUUAUUAAACUAUUUUAGGUAGAGUUGGUGCUCGGUGGUUUCAGGCAUGUAAGAAAAAGAAAUCUAAAAGAAAAACUUUUUUAGGGUGUGUCUACACCGGGCGCAUAAGCUCGUGAGGCACACUUGACAUCUCAGGUGUAGGGUGAGUAGGAUGUCGUCUUUUUGCAUGACGAGGACGACAUAAGUUGAAGAUAUAAGUAGUAAUGUAGAGUUUUGACGAAAUUCGAUAUUGGCUCUACCAAACUCCAUUGAGCAAAGAGCGUGUCUAAUAAAUGUAAAAACCACUGCCCAUAUGAUGAUGAUACAGAAACCAUUUUAAUGAAGACCUGAACCCUUUUACUUUUAACUAAGAAUCAUGUUUCGGCUCUUCAGCAGUUACAGCUGAAAAGAUGAUGAUGAUGAUGAUGAUGAUAGAGCCUGAACACUUAUUCAAAAUGUCGACAAAACAGCCGGGCACUGUUUUACACAUUAAGGUCAAUGUUAAGAUAAUUAAUUAAGUUUUUAUACAGAGCUUAAUAAUGUGGAGUAUAUUAGUCAGUAAGAAUUAUUAAUAUUACAUCAUCUGUAGAAGUUAUUUUAAGUAUAAAACGCACAAAAAAAAACAUAUGUAAGGUAUAACGUUGUUCUAAUUUAAUUUAUUAAUCUUUUGGUGGAGAUAUUUUAUAACGUUUUAGUAGAGAGUUAUAGAUGACAACGUCCAAUCUAAUGUUUUAUUCCUAUAGAUUUUAAAGGCCCAUGGUGUCCCACUGCUGGGCACAGAAAACAGGUCAUCCAACUAUCUAUAGACCAACCUUCGUGUGGCCUUCCAAAUAUGACGCCACCUCUUUCUAGCUUAAUAAAAAUUAUAAAAAACUAAGAACUAAAAAAUAUUUUAUUUGUAUUAAAUAUGCUAAGUAAAAGGUACGCUGUAUACUUUACUGGAAGUGUAUAAACUAGUCAUAUUUAUUUUUAGUUUAAUUUAAAGAAAUAUUAUUAAAUUAUUUUAUCAAUUGAAUUAAUUAACUUGUUUUUGUUUCGUUUAAAAUAAUGUAGAAUAACUUUGUUGCAAAUAGUUACCAUAGCAAAACUUUAAUAAUAAAAAUGUGUAUUUAAUUUUGAUAAGAACUUAUCGUAAGACGUAGUUUUUUAUUAAAUUCUAACUCUAAAAAAACAGCCAGUUGAGAGAGACGACAUAGAAAUAAAUAUUUUAGUGAAUAUUAAUUUUACAAUAAAAAUACAAGUUUAACGGUUAUGCCAUAAAUUGAUGGGGUCAUUAAAAGUUAUAAAUUGCUUUUGGUGAAUGAAACGGAAUAAUUUUAACUGAAUUAUUUAAUAAAAUCUGUUUUUUCUACUGAUUAUAAAAAACUAAAAAAAAUAUUUCCUAAAAAACUAAGUGAAAAGAUAGUUCUGUUAUUUAUUCGAUGUGAUCUUGAUAUUUUGUACGUGGGAUGAAAUAAACAAUGUGAAAAUUA